AUGAAGGUUUCCUUUGCUACUCUCCUCACCCUGGCCGCCGCUGCCACCGCCGCUCCCGCCGGCCUCACCUCCCUCGCCGGUCUGACUGGCCUCACUACCUCCAUCACCAACCUGGGUGGUCUUGAGGGCCUCACCAAGGACCUCAGCCUUGGCGAUGUCACCAAGCAGCUGAACCUGAACGGCCUCCCCGUCGUCUCCAAGCUCGGUGACCUGACCUCCAUCCUCCACCUGGGCAACGUUGCUACCUCCGGCGACUCCCCCAUUGCCCAGAACGGCCACAUCCUCCAGGACCUGGCCCCUGAGCUCAACAACGUCCUGACCAUCACUGGCCCUAACGCCCAGAUUCUGCUCCUCGAGCUGAGCCCUGAGGUCACUGCCCUCGUCUCUGGCCUUGGUCUCCCCGCCCUGGGCGUCCCUCUUGGCUCCAUCGUUGCCUCCGCCAGCUCCCUGGGCGAGCUCGUCACUGGUCUCGGCCCUACCGUCGACGGCCUCGUCACCGUUGUUGGCGCUGAUGUCGGCGCUCUCCUGAUCUCCCUCUCCCCCGAGGUUGCCGGCCUUCUUUCCGGCCUCGGCCUCCCCUCCGUCGGCAUCCCUGUCGGCACCAUCGUUGCUACUCUCGGUACCUCUCUCAAGCGUGACGCUGCCCCCGGCGAGAUCGUCCAGGACCUCGUCCCCACCGUCGGCCAGAUCCUCACCGUCACCGGCCCCAACGCCAAGCAGCUCCUGAUCAAGCUCUCUCCCCAGGUUGCCGCUCUCAUUGACGGUCUUGGCCUGACUUCCAUUGGUGGCUCCGUUGGCUCUGUCGUCAAGACCGCUGGCAACAUUGGCGACCUCAUCUCUGACCUCUCUGGCCCCGUCAAGGGUCUGCUCACCGUCACCAGCGACAAUGGCCAGGCGCUCCUCAUCCAGCUCUCCCCCGAGGUCGCUGCCGUUGUCAUUGGCCUUGGCCUGCCCUCCGUCGGUGUGCCCGUCGGUACUGUCGUUGCCACCCUCGGCAAGAACCUGUAA